GACACCGCCGCACCGGGCGCUCGUCUCGUCAGCUCACUUCGCGCUCGCGAGCCUUCCGCGACACACGUACGUGCUGUUCUCGCUCCCGUCGCCACCCUCGACAAUACCGCGCAGUCACAUCGCCUUCAACUGUGUAGUGCUACCAAACUUUUUGGUGACUUAGUGCUUUCGGACUUAACUGUUGUUGAAAAAAAAUCUGUGUGAACUCGAACGGAAUAGUGCAAUGAGAAGAUUGCGGUCCGGCGGGAAGGCGAUUCUUUGAGCGACCGAAAGGGUUGGGGAGUGCGGGGUGCGAAGCGGGCGGAGGGCGGCGCGAAGCCGCGCACGCGCCCGCUGCUGGACCGCGGCGAGGUUCUAACACACGCGUUUAUACCGGCGCGCGAGAUGGACGACAAGCCGUCCGCCGUCGGCGGCGAGGAACAUUACAGUCUCCGGUGGAACAACCACCAGGCUCACCUGCUCCGCUCCUUCGAAGCCUUGCUGCAUGCUGAGACACUAGUGGACGUGACACUGGUGUGCGCCGAGCGCCGCGUACGCGCGCACAAGGUGCUGCUGGGAGCUUGCAGCCCUCUGUUUCGCAGAAUAUUCAGCGAGAAUCCGUGCAAACACCCAGUGAUCGUGUUGAAGGACUUCCAAGGAUGGGAAGUUCAAGCCGUGGUAGACUUUAUGUAUCGUGGCGAGGUGUCAGUGGCGCAGGAGCAGCUCGGGACUGUGAUACGCGCCGGAGAAUCACUCCAGGUUCGCGGCCUAGCCGACCAAGACCGUGAGGAGCCUGCCAGGUCCCCAACUGCAACACCACUGGCACGGAGUCCAGCGCAGGCGACACCGCCAGCACCAUCUCCACCUGUCAGCCCAGCGAGUCCUCAGCCACGACGGAAGCAAGCCAGGCCUCGUCGUCGCUCAGGAGAAUCAGAUACACCAGAAAAUUUAUCAAUGCGCCGAUCCCCUAGUGGAGGACUGAAGGCAGUUCGCCUGUCCAGGCCUCGCUCGCCACCAAAACAAGAGCAGGAGGAGCCUGAGGCCGAAGUGCCGCCGCCACCACGUAUGUUCGCGCCACACCAGGACAUGUUUCCCCCAGUACCACCAGCUGCCGUCUCCGCGCUCUCAUUAACACCACCACACAUGUUUGGCAUGGACACUCCGCUGGGACUGUUCCCGCCAGGCAUGGAGCACAAGAUGUAUCCCAUGAUGGACGUGGAACACCGCGCGCCGCUUGAUUCACAACUAUUCACUAACGUGAAAAAGAAAUGGCGACCAAAGGGUCAACACAGCGCGCCGCGCGGUGGUCCACCUCGAUCGUGGACGAACGCCGAGCUGACGGAGGCGCUGCAGCACGUGUGGAACAAGAAGAUGACGACUAGCCAGGCCUCAAGGAUCUUCGGCAUCCCGUACAACUCGCUGCUAAUGUAUGUGCGCGGGAAAUACGGGAAAAGCCUAAAACUGGAGCAGCUCAGGAAAGACUGUAUUGGCGGACCCCUCGACGUAUUAAAUCUUAACUCCGGAAAUAACAACAACAACCAGCCUUCAGGAAAACAUCACGACAAAGACGACCACUCACAACGACCAGCGAGCUCCGAGCCAGACAUCGCCUCAAAUCCAAUGUUCAAUCCAUUCCAGCAAGGGUUCUACCCGGAGUUCGCUCCAGGCUUCCCGAUGCCACUCAACAUGCUGCAUCUACUCCCGCCUAACGACAAGGCGAGGGAACUAUACCAGUCGAUGCCGAUGGCUCUGGACUCGCUGUCGGGAGUUACGAAGGAGGAAGACUGUAAGAGUGAUAGGUCGAAGGAGAACUCCGCCGACGAGGAGGGCGAGUCGUACCGCGCGCCCUCGCACCCGCCGCAUCCACCCGACAACCGCACGCUGCUGCAUCACAACGGCCAGGACUAAGUCCGGCGCACCAUGUCUACAAUAUGCACUGUACCUUCAACUGUUACUGUCAGACAAGCGGUCGACUAUACCUGCGAGCAGCUAGACGUCUCAGGGACACGCUUCUAGUAUCUUGUCAUGUUGACGGACUAAAACUGGAAUUUAGUUAGUGUAUUAAUAAGUCUCGUAACGAAUCUUAAGUACGUGUUUUAGAAAUUAAUUUUAUAUCUUGUGGUCGAUCACAAGCCACAGAACUCAAAGUUGAUGUGCUUAGUGGUACUAUAGUGAAACUUUAACAUCUUUAAUGUCGGCCGGCCACAUGGCGCGGCGACACGUUAUUUAAAAUUGGUGUAAGUCGCAGGAACGUGAGCAAUGGUCUACUGACGUUUCUCAUGUUCCUGCGACGUCAAUUGUUUAUUGUUAUUACUUUUGUAGAGGUAUCACUCGCGAGGAAAUCAAUAAAGAUCUGGCGAGGCGGCCACAUA